AUGGCUGACUUCAAAGGUCAUCAGUCUAAAGCCCUGACAAGGAUGAAACAGCUAGCACCUCACAUAGACUUUAUUCUUGAGCUACGUGAUGCAAGGGUUCCUGUUUCUUCCAAAAAUGAUCUUCUUCAAAAGAUAGUACGUGACAAGGGAAGACUAGUACUUUAUACGAAGAAAGAUCAAAGUAACGUCACAUCAUCCCUUAUGAAUAGGUAUAAUAAAAUGUUACAUGAAGAUUGGAAAUUUAUAGACUGCAAAAAGGUUUCCGAUGUGAAAAAUCUUAUACAAUAUUUAAGAGAGAAGUAUGAAAGUAUGUAUCCGAAACCACCAUUAGGAUUACGACUAAUGGUGGUGGGAAUGCCCAACGUUGGAAAAUCAACACUUGUAAAUGCUUUAAGAAACUUAGGAUUGAAAGAAUCUACAGGUAAUUUGAUGAAGAAGAGAAGGCACGGUGUUGCUCAGGUCGGAUCGCAUGCUGGUGUCACAAGGAAUACAUCGGAGAUUAUAAAGAUAUGUGAAUGUCCGGAUAUAUAUCUCUAUGACACUCCAGGGGUACUUUUACCGAGAGUUGAUAAGGAAUGGAAAAUGUUCAGCCUUUCUGUGGCGGGAAUUGUUUCCGAUGUCAAUCAACCUGAUCCAGUGAUUAUGGCGGAUUAUAUUCUCUUUGUUAUGAAUCUUACAGAUUCUUCAGGGAAAGCUUACAAGCAGUUCUUGGAUCAUCCUACAAACGACGUUUACGAAUUGUUGGCAGGUAUGGCCUCAAAAAAUAUGAACUACCGGAAGUGGAGAGGGGAUAAUAUGAAGAGACCAAAUUAUUCCGGAGAGGCCAUUCAGUUCGUUCAGUUGGUUAGAUCUGGGAAACUGGGAAGAUGGUGUUUCGAUAUUGCCGCCUUCAACGCAUUGAAAAAUAGAAAUUUUGAAAGCAAGGAAAUAGCAGAUGUCCCGAACUGGAAUAGUGGUAUGCUAUAG